GCCGGGGCGGUGGCGGGGAGGGUGAGUCAGUGUGGUGAGUGCUGCCGCCGCGUGCACAUCACAGCUCCACCCGGUGCACUUCGACCCGUCCCGCCCCGCUACUCAUCUUGGAGUUUUGAGCCUCAGGGGAAGGCGCCCCCGAGACGAGAACAGUGUGCGCCACUUGGUGGCAGGGUGAUCCCACAGGCCCCACCCCGGGCCCGCUGGAGUGUGGUGAUGGGGACCACCCAGCCCCAGGGUGCUCCGCCAUGGUGACUGGGGCGUCCUGGGGCUCCUGGGACUCCUGGGGCUCUGGGUCCUCCUGCAGCAGCUGGCACUCUGCCUGUGGACCCCAGGAGCCUGGGGCAGACAAGGCCCCGUUGUGGUCCAGCCCCACCCCGGCGCCGUGGCCCCCGCCGCAGGACUCUCCUUGGUCGUUGCCCGUAGGGCUGACUGCCGCCCCUUCUGAAACCGCCCAGACUGUUCGGGCAGCCCAGGCGCGGCGGCCAUCGGUGGUGGCGGCGCUUCUGAGCCUGCAGCAGGCAUCAAACCGUCCUUCCUUGCCGCGCUCCGCCUCGGCACCUGCCGACCGCCCGCUCGCUGUAGAUGCCUCGGCCUUCAGUAGAUACUACGAGGACAGUGUGGUGUGCCCCAGGGACGUGGCGGAUGAUUCUGCAGCCCCAGAGCCUGUGGCCGGUCCGUGCGGCGGCCCCCUGUCCUCUCUGGCGUUAGUUCUUCCCGGCAGGCUAGAAGGCCUCGUGAAACUGCUGGCCCACUCCCUGCACCUGCUGCUGGCGGCGGUGUGCUCCAGGAAGGCGCGUCGCCAGAAGGAACGGGAUUGCCCGGCGGCGCAGGAGCAGGAGCACAAACUUUACCUGGAAGAGGCGGUGCUGAAGAGAAAGAUCCCUGAGACCGACCUUCGCCAACUAGUGGAGCUGCCGCCGGGCCUGGGCUACGAGGAAUGGCUCGCCUCCCACACAAUCGACUUCUUCCAGCACAUCAACUUGGUGUACGGGACGGUGUGUGAGUUCUGCACCAUGGGUGGGUGUCCAGACAUGACGGGUCCCGCCACCCGCCAGUAUCUUUGGUUUGAUGAGAAAGGGAAGAAGACAAGAGUGGCUGCGCCUCAGUACGUUGACUAUGUCAUGACCUUCACCCAGAAGACCAUCAAUGAUGAGUCCAUCUUCCCUACCAAGUUUGAGAAUGACUUCCCAGUAUCAUUUGAAUCAAUUGUUAAGAAGAUCCAGCGGCUGUUGUUCCACGUUCUGGCACACCUCUAUCACAGCCACUUCCGUGAGGUGGUGCUGCUAAAUCUGCAUGCACACCUCAACUGUAUCUUCGCACACUUCAUCCUCUUCAACGACCGCUUCAGACUCAUUGAGGAAAAGGAGACAGAGAUCCUGCAUGACUUGGUGGUGGCUCUUAGGCUGCAUCCAGAGAGUGAGGGGCCCUCGCCCACGCCAGCCCUUCCCACCGACAGUGAGUGUCCCGAAUCCACCGCCACCACCAGGGAAGAAGAAAGUGUUCCUGCCGUGGCACCAUCAGAGGAGCAACCCAAUAAGAGUGAGGAUGGAGCUGCAGUCAGUGAGGGUAGUGGUGGUGGGGCGGGGGCUGGAGCAGAGGAAGAAAAGGCUGGGGGAUCCGGGCCACCGCUCCUGGCUGGGGAGGUGCCAGACACUCGGCCAUAGUAAUUCCUCGGGCUAGCAAACUAAUGUGUGCGGGUGCCCUGGUCCCGCCCCACCCCAUCGGGGGGGGUGCCACGCUCGGGACGGCACCUUAGCCGGCCCGGGUGUGGGGCCCUGGGGGCCAGCCUGGGGCCUCGUGGGGUGUUGUGUACAUAAGUGUUGUAAAGUCUUAGAUCAUAACUAUUGCUAUACAAAAUACUAUUUAUAUUUAUCCUGCGUUAUCACAGAGCACACACUCACCAUGAAGUGCAUUGUUCCCCGCCCGGGCAGCCACCGGGCACCCCGGCCACCCUCGAGAGAGUCUGGAUGCAAACUUUAUUCUUGUGAUUUUAAUUGUCCCGAAGGAAAAUAUUCUCUGAUAAAGUCAAAGGUUCGGUUGGUGGAGGAACAGCCGUGUCUGGUUCCCGGGGCGGCCCCAGCCGGGCCCCUGGUGGGGCUGCCCCCCCCUGUAGGUCUCUGAGUCCUCACUAGUCCACAUGUGAUGCGUCUGUUAGUUUCCACAAGCAGUACAAACUUCCCCAGAAGUGUUUAGUUGUGGUGGAGGGGAGGCCUCGCCACAGUGUUCCUUGUGUUGGCUCCACCCUCGGUGUACUUAAUGAUAGUGAGCGCGAGUCACUACCAGCGUACCAACUCAGCAGGAAGGCCCUGCUGACCUUACCUCAGCAACCUGGCAGGCUUAACUACUACUGUUGGCUUUGUGUGUGUGUGUGUGUGUGUGUGUGUGUGUGUGUGUGUGUGUGUGUGUGUGUGUUUUAGGCUUCAAGCACAUACUCCAUAUAUUCAUGUUUCAUUUUGUCAUGAGCUAAGAAUAGCUGCAAAAAGUUCUGUAAUCAUAAUGCAAUAUAUUGCUUGUUAUUUUGGG